UCCCGCAGUGAGAAGCUGCUGAAGCUGGCGGCCAGCAUCCCCCGGGAGAGCCUGGUGGCACCGGGCACCUGCUUCGGCAAGUUCACCAAGUCCCAGAAGUUCCGGCUCAGCGUCACGGCCCUGGAUUUCCUGGCGCCCUACGCCAAGUACAAGGUGUGGGUGAAGCCGGGCUCCGAGCAGUCCUUCCUCUACGGUAACCACGUGCUGAAGUCGGGGCUGGGCCGCAUCACGGAGAGCACGGCGCAGUACCAGGGUGUCGUGGUGUAUUCCAUGGCCGACGUGCCGCUGGGCUUCGGGGUGGCUGCCAGGUCCACGCAGGAGUGCAGGAAGGUCGACCCCUUGGCCAUCGUGGUGUUCCACCAGGCCGACGUCGGGGAGUACGUGCGGAACGAGGACACGCUGACAUGAGGGACCCUCGGGGACCCCAGGGACCCUCAUGCUCUGUGAGUGUUCCGGGGUUGAACGGACGUUGUCCUGCACUGUGGGUGCGGGAAGCCCACCUGGAAUGGGCUGGAGAUGUGGGGAGCUGCCAGCACAGAGCCCCAGGGCCCUCAGGGGGUGCUGCCAGCACAGGAGGAGGGGACCUGACCCCAGCCCUGUCACAUAAAGCCUGUUCCUUUUUUCA